ACGAGAGACUUCCUGUUCCUUCCUUACAGUACAGUACAGUGGGCGCUGCGCGUUGCAUUGUGGGGGUGCAAAUACAGCGCAGAAAGAACAGCGGGGCGCACAAAGGAAUGAAAAUAGCACCUCGGCAACUUUUAACACGAGCCCGUUGUAAUGUGAAUUCAUGUGAGCAUUAAUUAAACUACGAAUCUUGGCGGCUGGCAGGCUGACAACAGCCAGGAGAGCGGGGGAUGUGAGUGAGGGGAGAGGAGCGGAGGGCGCACCGCUGUCUCCGAUUGCUUUUUGUCAGCUGAGCUGUUUGCAUCAUCCCGAGGCCCCGCCGUUAUCACAGGCCUCUCCCGAGAAGGACGCAUUUCCUGUACACUGUCAGAAAGGGACUCCAAUAUGGGGGUCAAAACCUUCACCCACAGCUCCACAUCCCACAGCCAGGAGAUGCUCGAGAAGCUCAAUGCUUUGCGCAAUGAGGGUCAUUUAUGUGAUGUUACCAUCCGGGUCCAAGACAAGCUCUUCCUGGCCCACAAAGUGGUUCUGGCAUGCUGCAGCGAAUUUUUUCGCUCCAAACUGGUGGGCCGGCCAGAGGAGGAGGACAAGUUUGUAUUGGACCUUCAUCAUGUGACCGUUAGCGGUUUUGCUCCCUUGCUGGAAUAUGCCUACACGUCUACGCUCUCCAUCAGCACAGAGAAUAUCAUCGAUGUCCUGGCAGCUGCAAGUUACAUGCAGAUGUUCGCUGUAGCUAGUACGUGUUCAGAGUUCAUGAAGUCAAGUAUUCUUUGGAGCCCGGGGAACAACAACAAUAACAACAACAUCCCGACAGAAAAACCACACGAGUCAGCACCAGAGAGCGCCUCAUCGAACUGUGCCCUGACGCCGCUGGAUGGCAGCGUGUCACCUGUGUCGUCCGACUGCAGCGUGAUGGAGAGGAACGUUCCCAUAUGUCGCGAGUCACGGCGGAAACGCAAAAGCUUUGUAACAAUGGCGUCACCCGAGAGUCCCCUCAAAUGCACUACACAGAUGGUCACCACAUCCCCUCAGAUCCCAAACCCGUCUCCCUCGUUCUCGGACAGCACGGCGCAGCCCGUGGAGUCCUCUUUAGCCUUUCCAUGGACUUUCCCAUUUGGCAUUGACCGGAGGUUUCACUCGGAUAAGUCGAAGCUCCCGGAGAGCCCUCGUUGUUUAGAGCAGGGCACCCCUGGUACGUCAGAGGUAGUGGUUGGUCGGCGACUUAGUGACUUCCUGACGUGCGAGAGCUCCAAGGUGGUGGCGUCGCCGGCGACGGCAGAGGAGGAGGAUGUACGGGUGAAGGUGGAGCGUCUCAGUGAUGAAGAAGUCCAAGAGGCGUCGUCGCAGCCAGUCAGUGCUUCUCAGAGCUCGCUGAGCGACCAGCAGACAGUGCCUGGGAGUGAACAGGUUCAAGAGGAGCUCCUUAUUAGCCCACAGUCAUCCUCCAUAGGGUCAAUGGAUGAGGGAGUGUCGGAAGGCUUGCCGUCAAUGCAGAGCACUUCAAAUGCUGGCGGACAUGCAGAAGAUGACGAGAGACUGGAAGGUAUCCAGUAUCCAUACCACCUCUACAUCAGCCCCUCAGCACGGCCCGGCACCAACGGCCCUGACCGGCCCUUUCAGUGUCCAACCUGCGGAGUUAGAUUCACACGUAUUCAAAACCUGAAACAGCACAUGCUCAUACACUCUGGCAUUAAACCCUUCCAGUGUGACCGCUGUGGGAAAAAGUUCACACGGGCCUACUCCCUAAAGAUGCAUCGGCUGAAGCACGAAGGUAAACGCUGUUUCCGGUGCCAGAUUUGUAGCGCCACAUUCACGUCCUUCGGUGAAUAUAAGCACCACAUGAGGGUCUCCCGACACAUAAUCCGCAAGCCGCGGAUUUAUGAGUGCAAAACGUGCGGCGCCAUGUUCACCAACUCUGGCAAUUUAAUUGUACACCUGAGGAGUCUGAACCAUGAGGCAUCCGAACUAGCAAACUACUUCCAGAGCAGUGAUUUCCUCGUGCCCGACUACCUGAGCCAGGUACAGGAGGAGGAGGAGGCGCUGGGAGUCCAGUAUGAGCUGGAGGAGUCCCAACACCACCCGGUCUACCCGGGCAGCAACUCCACCACCAGUGCCGCCUCGUCCUCCUCCUCAGUGCAGAUGCCCGUCAUCUCCCAGGUCUCCUCCUCCACGCAGAAUUGUGAGAGUUCCUCUGGCUUCCUCUCACCUGAGCCCUUGGAUCCCCUGGAAGCCCCAGCCUCCCAUAAGAUGGACGCAGACGAGACGGCAGCCAUGACAGAGGAGACCAAGAUGGACAACCAUGUAGGAGGCAGUUCCCCAGAGGUGUUUGAAGAAGAGCAGCAGCAUGCCCAGGCCAAGGAGGUGGCUUCCAUUACCAUAGAGUGAUUAAAAGUCUUCUACCUGCCCAUCAUGUCUUAUUUUGCAGUCAUGUCAUAUGGGAAUAUCUGUCGAAAUGAUUUGAUGGCGGAAAAGGGACUUGGAUAUGUGAAGCCAUCAAGACACAGUGAUUUCUGAAGACGUCGUUUGGCUUGAUUAUGUUUUUUUUUUUUUUUUUUCACAGAUGCACUUAUUUGUAAAUGAUAUUUGUCUUUAUGUUCUUUGCAAUGAUAGUAUAAUGUCCUUACCUUGACUGAUAGAUGAGAUUUCAGUAGGCCGGAAUAUCUGGCUGUCAAAGCAUUUGUACCACCUGGAAAUGAGAGUAUACAGUAUAUUUAAUCGUCAUUUUAACUAGGAAGGUUGUUUUUUUCCCAUAUGACGUGAAUGCAGCACUAGCUAAAGUCAUUUCUGUCUUAGCCAAUUUGAGGUCUGUUAAAUCCAAGCCUUGCUCUACUUUUGGAAAGUGCCUGAGAGUUCCCGUUUUAACAAAAUAAGAAAAAGAGGUCUUGACUUUGCCGACAGUGACAAAUCAAGUCUUUGCAAACUGAGCUAAAGGAAAAAAAGUCCUUGUACUUCAUUUGUAGUGGUGAUGCUCGUUUGUUUGGGCAGAGACUGUGUUAUUCCUUCAGUGCCGUCGCUAUAGGCAAACUGUUCAAUGUCAAUAUUAUCUAUACUGCAAUAGCUUGUACUGUAGUUUUACUAUUUGAAUGCUCUGUAUGUUGGGUGUUGUGAAAUAUGAUAUGUCAGGUGUGUGUAUGUGCACUUCUUUAUCAAUAUGAAUACAGUACAUUUCAUUUUUAAAUGUUUAAAACUUGAAAUAUAUUGACAAGCUAUUCCCUAAAGACAUUUGCGCGGUCUAUAAUUUUGUGACCUGUGUAUUAUUUUUUAAUGAACACUGUUGUGUGUCUUCAAUCUUCUAAGCUCUAGGAGUUUAGAUUAGCUUGGAAAUCGACAAAUAGUUUUGUUUUGAAAAUCAACCGACUUAAUGACUAAGAGUGAAUGAGAUGAGGUGAAAUUUAUGUUAAACAUAAACAUUUUUUUAAAUUUGGAGUUACACGGUUGUCUCACAACUACAAUGUUAUCUUCCAAAAACGGUCUCUGAGAUAAUGUAGCAUUUCAUCCCAGCUAGAGUUCGGCCUGUUCGACGACUGACAGUUAAUUCAACUUAAAUCCUGAUUUCUCAGUGGCUGAUGUUUUAGGACAUUGCUUGACUGUUUGAGAGAUGUUGCACACAGGUACAACGUGAUUGUCUGUAUUUUGUCUUGAGGUUCAUCGCCUUUUGUUUUGUUUGUUUUUUUUUUUCUUCACCUAAUUGUCACAAAGGGAAACGGCACAUUGCGUAAGUUUCCCUAACAUUUACACUCACUCAGCACUUCCUUAGGAACUAUUGAAAACCUUGUUUUCCCUGACGCGUUCCAAAUCAAGUAUGUUAACGUACGUAAUGGGAACUCAGUCAGGGACGCUUUUAAUUACGAUACAGUCCACAGCAAGGAAAAUAAAACUUUGACUUUUCUGACGGUGUCAACAAAACCGAACACGUUUGAGCUUUGUGAAAAUAAACAACAUGACAGAACUGUUGUAUUGGACUGCGUUAGAUCGCCAAGAUGUUCCUAAUAAAGUGCUAAGUGAGGGUACGUUUACUGUAUAUCUGCUGCCUGGAGGCAGGAGGCCGCGGCUGUUUCCGAUCACAUCACGCGGCCGCUGCGUGUCGAUGUGUCAGUACUGCUUUAGAAGCAAACAGAAGUGCGCCGGCGUGUGAAUGCAAAUACUGUGAGUUGAAUCAUUCUAAAUGAUAAAUGUGCGUUCGGAGCUUAUCAGCACAGUUCGGCAGUAGGCUGUCUUUGAUGUUACUAAUUCACUUACUUUGUUGUGCUGACUUUGGGUCAAUCCUCCAACUCCUGUUACGUGUUGUUGUGCCAACAUGGUUGUCAUUCUGUUCUUGGACAUAGUUGUGCCUGUAUUAUGAGAAGAUAAUGACACCCAUGGGGAUAAUCCAUGAGUUGAAUGCUACUGACUGUGACUGGGUUUCUUGUUCAGUUUAAUUUCCUACCCCCUAAAAGUAGCCGGCAUUUUUAAACGAUCCCAGCAGGUUGUAAUAUUUCACAUACAGGGUUGAUUGUAAAUGUGAAGGUGAAUAUUCAUAUUCACAGAAAUCCAAGGAAAGCUGUCUUAAUAAGAUGCUGGUGUCACCCUGUGCCAUUCUAUCAGUCACUUUUUAAAUGUUGUGCCAUUUGCCCUUUUUAUCUGGGUACAAAUCAAGCUUUUUCCUACAGGACCAAAUGUUCUCUAUCUUAUUGGGGAUUUGCCAUGGCAAUCAGUAAUUGCACAUAAUAAAAGAAAGAGAUAAUCAUUGUAAAUGGUCCAUGCUAUUUAGCAAAGGGGUCCUGCUGUUUAAUCCCCUCCUUAAAACACUGUAUGAUGUUGUGCAUUUAAGAGGCUAGCCUUAGUAAACGGACCUAUAAACUCUAGUUGCACAAUGUCAAAAUUUCAAAAGAAAAAAAAUGUUUUUCUAUUCUCCAUUUGUAUUUCAUGCUUUUCAUCUGUUGUGUUCCGUGUCUGUAUUAAAGAAAAAAAAAUCUUUUAUAUAAUGAAAUGCUGCUGUUUGUUGAAAAGCAAAAGUGCCCAAAAUAUUUUUGUGAACCAAUGGUGUGCAAUAAAUGGACUGGUGUUGUUUUAAAUUUGUCUUUGGAAUGGUGAAUUUUAUAUAUAUACAUAUAUAUACAGUGUAUAUAUAUGUAUAUAUAUAUAUAUACACAUAUAUCGAUAUAUUACAAAAGAAUGUAUCUUUUUGUUUCAAUCAAAUGUGAUGGGAGCUGAAUCAAAUAGACAAGGACCCUAUUUGAUAUGUGAAUUAUUGAACAAGGCUUUGACAUCAAACGACUGGUUCUUUUCAACUCCUUUGUGUUGGUUUCUGAAGUUGCAUGUCCAUAUCGUUCUGUGAAGUGAAAGCGCAUGUCUUGGGUUGGCGGUGCGUUCUGUCAAGGCCUUAUUUGUUGAUGACUCUUCAUCCAGUGUACCUAUGAUCUGUUGUUCAGCAUGCCCUCUUUUCUUUCUGUAUGUUAUCCCUUUUUAUGUGCUAUGUUUUAAAAUUACCUUGACCAUAUAGAGGACAUGCCUUUUCAAUGUAGACUUGAUGUUGUAUACGUUUUCCAGUCCAUAUGGUUUAUUUAAAAUAUAGGAAAAUACAAGAAAAACAAACUGGUAGCUCUUCAUAAUGGCAUAUAUUUUUGGUGAUUUUUGUAUUAUGGUUGCUGUUUAUGGCAUCUUUGGAUAUUCUUGUUAAAUGUGAAUAGAACAGCUUAGCCUGGGAAUACGGGGGGCCUCGGUAGUCUUUGUGACUGUCUGCAGUGUGUGUGUAUAUAUAUAUAUAUGAAUAUAAAGUAUAUACACUCAUAAUAUGUUGCAUAUUCUUUAUACAGUAGGCUACUUGAUUACAACCUGCUUUGAGACAGAUGUUGUAUUUUGUGUCUUUGAUACGGUAUUUAAACCAUAGUUUGGAGAAGCUGUACAAAAACAUCCCAGAAUGCAACCUGCACACUGUAUACGGAGAACUGACGUUUGUGGUGUUGAGUGUUUUAACUGGAUCAUUUUCCACAGUUGGCUGUUUAAAACUGACAAGACCACUCUGUAAGAGUUUAUGGUUGUUCUUGAAUUUUUUGCUAGUGUUCUGGCUUCGCAGUCCGUUGUUCUUAAAAAGACUUGUUUUUGUAAAAGUAUAAAAUGUAAAUAAAAAAAAAAAGUCAGAAUAAGUCAA